AUGGUUCGCCUUCUAGAUGGUUCAAUGUCAGCGCAGUUAAAACAUUUUGGAUACGAUUGUAAUAGUGCCGAGAACAUUCCACACUGGACAUUCCCCGCAAACAGUGAUGAAUGUCUUGUAGCAAAUGCAUACAAAUCGUUUUUGGAUCUCGGCGUCACUGACAUCACAACCAACACCUACCAUUUUGGAAGUACAUUGGACAAAAGAAUUCCGGAGAAUGAUUCCAAAAAGGAAAUUUAUGAAAAUUAUUUCCAGAUUGCAUGCAGUUCAUUGGUGAAAUUGACAGAAAUGAAAGAUGGAGUUCGAGUUUGGGGAUCGGUUGGCACUUUGGCAACGCUGUACCAUGAUAUGUCGGAAUAUAACGGUAAAUACAUGGAUAAUGAAGAUGCAGAAAACACGGCUCGCAACUAUUACCAAACAAUUCUGACCCUUUUCCAAACUAAAACCAAGGUGCGAAAUCUGGUUUUCGAGACUAUUCCAUCAGCAGUUGAAGGAUUAAUGGCAUUGGAAGCGCUAAAAAGAUUUCCUGAGAUGCGUGCUGUAAUGAGUUUCACCUUCAAAGAAAAUGCCUGUUUGCGGCAUGGAGAAGAAAUUGACACUCUUGCUGGAGAACUGAGAAAAUGUAGUCAAAUUGUUGGGAUGGGAAUCAACUGCACCGAUCCGGAAAAUGUGCUACCGGCAUUGAAGGUGAUCAAAAAACACAACUUUCCGGAAGUAUUCGUGUAUCCGAACAUGGGUGAUUCAAAAUUUUUGAAUGAAGGAUCCGACGAAUCCGACGUUUUUAAUCUAGACAUGGUCACCGGAUGGGUGGAAAAUGGCGCGACUACAAUUGGUGGUUGCUGUGGAGUCACGGAAACGCAGAUGAAAAUUCUAAAGAAAAUUGUAGACAAUCUUAAUAACUCUAAAUAA